CGUCUUUCCAGAAGCACACGGCAAUUGCAUGACCGGACAAAUCCCCCCAAACCCACGCUCCUCAUCAUCGGCCCAUCCGUCUCCCCUUUCACCCACUUUCCGUCAAAGCCCAAAAAACCUUUAGCGACAAAAAAAAUAAAAAUUAAUUAAAAGAAAUUAGAAACAAAAAAACUCCAAAAUUCAUCGAACCCCAAAAGCCAGCCAAUCAAUCACCGCAAACAAUCAGUGACCAAACCACAGACGUUACGUUUCGCAGUUACCAAUGACAAUAUGCUGCCGAAAUCGCGUGACCGUCGACCCCACGCGCGCCCCCCCGGCGAUUACCCUCUCUCUCACCAGUCAGCCCUAUCCCCUCCCCCCUUUUCCCCCAAUACAUACAUAUCCUUUCACCACGACCACUCCCCCCCACCCCAAUCCGCCGCCUCUUUUUUUUCAUCGCCGUCUCUUCUCUCUCUCUCUCUUCGCAAUACUAUUAUUUUUUACCGUUCAAUUGUUAGGGUUAUUGUAGAUCUAUGGGUGAUUUAACGGAAUCGUCUACUCCUCAGGCGCCGGCGUCACGGCAGGUUCCCUUCCGUGAGGACUGCUGGACGCAGGAGGCCACAUCCACGCUCGUUGACGCCUGGGGACGCCGUUACUUGGAUCUCAACCGCGGCAAUCUCCGUCAGAAGGACUGGCAGGAGGUGGCCGACGUCGUUAACGCGCACCACGGCCACACGAAGAAGACCCGCCGCACCGACGUUCAGUGCAAAAAUCGGAUCGACACGCUUAAGAAGAAGUACAAGGUCGAGAAGGCGAAGAUCACCGAUUCCGGCGGAGCAGCAUCCUCGCCGUGGCCGUUCUUCCCUCGUUUGGAGUAUCUAAUCGGAUCUAAUCUCAACAAAACUCAGGGUAAAGUAUCGCCGUCGCCUAUGCCGCUGGCGUCCUACACGCCGCCGUUGUGUCUUCCUGCGCCGCCGCUGGCUGUGCCGCUGCCCUACCGUAACACUCGCACCCCGGCGGUGUUUUCGCCGCCGAUUCUGCCGCAGAAGCGCCCGAUGCCUUCCCCAGCCGUGGAGGAGUCCUAUUUCAGGAAGAAUUAUUCAGCGAUGGCUGCUGCAGCAGCAGCCGCCGCAGCUGAGGAUGAAGCGGAGGAAGACGACGGAGAGUUGGAUGGGGAUGAAGCAGAAGGGAGCGAGGAUAGAGCCGCCGAGGAGGAAGAGGUCGGAGAAACAGGAAUGAGGAGACUAGCCAAAGCUAUAGAGUCGUUCGGGGAGAUAUUCGAGAAAGUGGAAAGUAUGAAACAGAGGCAGAUGAUCGAGCUGGAAAAACAGAGGAUGCAGUUUGCUAAAGAUUUGGAGGUUCAGAGGAUGCAAUUGUUUAUGGAUACUCAGAUUCAGCUACAGAAGAUCAAGCAGGCUAAACGUUCCGGAUCUUCCGAUGAUAUUUAUAGCUAACUGUGCGGAAGGAAUGUCGAUUGUUCCUUCAUAUGUAGGAGUUGAGUCACCAGAAGUUUUGGUCAUGUUAAUAUCUGAAGAUCAUUUUACUUUACAAGAACUACUUCGAUGGCUGAUCUGGUAGCAGAGGGAAACGCUUUCAUCUAUGUGAUGCCGAACGCAUUCGUUUUUCUGUUGAUAAAAACUAUGGUUGUGUUUGAAUAUUGUUUUUCGUAUAACAUUAUUGCACAUUUAGCUUGAGACAUAUUCAGAUGCUGUUGGCAAUGUGAAGUUCUAUAUUUAUCUUGUCUUGUUGACUAACCUACCGUUGGAUGAGAGGGGUCGUUCUAGCUUUAUGUUUGGUGUUUGGAUGCCUUUUUGGAGGAUGUUGUAAUCGAUCUUUUAGUUCGUAUGUGUAAUAAUCCCCCAGUUGUUUAGUUCUUCUGACUAAAUUGUCGCUAGUUUCUUCA